AUGAUGUUUUCUAAUCUCUUUCUUCUAUUUUUGACAUGUUUUUUUGUGGGAGAAAAUGGUCAGAAGAUUCAUCUGAAAUCAUCUUCUUCUGUACAGCAGAAAGAUGAUUUUCUAUCCGUCUACGUUGGUGGAAAUGUUACUUUAGAAUGUUCUUAUGAAGAUCAGACGACAAACCAAAUCUACUGGUACAAGCAAAGUUUGGGAAAAAAGCCUGAAAUAAUUUUAAGUUUUGUUUUACAGAGCACAACAGUGACCUUCUUUGAGGAAUUCAAGAAAAAUCCACGCUUUAAACUGGACCUAAAAAAACAAAGUUUUCACUUGAACAUUAGUGAUUUACACUUUUCAGACACAGCUACCUACCACUGCAUGAGAUCUGAAUUUUUCUCACUCGUCUUUUUGGAGAGCUUUAGUGUUCAUGUGAAGAACUCUUCUUCUUACAUUCAGACUUCAGUGGAUCAGUCGUCCUCUGAGAACAUCCAUCCAGGAGAGACUCUGAACUGUACAGUACACACUGGGAGCUGUGAUGGAGAACACAGAGUUUACUGGUUCAAAGACUCUGAAGACUCUCAUCCAGGACUCAUUUACACUGAUGGAGGCAGGAAGGAUCAGUGUGAGAGACAGAAGAACACACAAACACACAGUUGUGUCUACAAUCUCCACAUGAAGAACCUGACUGAGUCUCAUGCUGGGAUCUACUACUGUGCUGUUGCCUCAUGUGGACACAUACUGUUUGGAAACGGGACCAGACUGGAAUUUGCUGACUCUGCAGUUCCUCUGAACUCUGUGAUUCUACACACUUUGGUUGGAUUAUUGUCCAUCAUGAGCGUCCUCGUUGUUUUUCUGCUUUUUCUUUUGUGGAAGAUCAACAAGAGAAACAACUCCACCUCCAAAGAGGAAAGAUCACCUGCCGACCCCUUAAGAAGCUCAGAGGCUGAGAACAAAGACACAGAAAGUCUCCAUUAUGCUGCUAUAAAUGUGAAGAGGUCCAACAGAUCAAGAAGACAGAAGAACGACAUAAACACAGUCUGUGUUUAUGCCGGUGUGAGACAACAGAUCUGAACUUUAGAGUCUAGGAGGAGGUUGUAUCAUGAUCUUUUUAUGCAUAGCAUAAAAGUUGUAAAAUUUGACUUUUUUAUUUUUACUUUGUGGCGAAUCAUUUAUUUUUUAGAUGAUUUCAAUGUUUAAAAGUAAACAUAUUUGAUUGUCUUUUUUUCUGUUUAAGUUGUUCUUGGAAGUUAUCAAUCUAGUAUUUUGCUACAUUGCUUUCCUUGUCUGUAAUAGAAUGAUACAAAAGAAAAAUUAUCUUUUUUUUUUUCUCAGUGUGAAGAUCCUAGUUUGAAUCCUAUCAGAGAUUUUCUGUGUGGUAUAUGCUUCUUUCUUUUUAUGCAUGCUUGUGUAUAUGUUCCUCUCAAUGUCCCAAUACAUGCUUUGUAGAUUAAUUAAUGAUUCUAAAUUGACCCUAUGUGUAAACAUGAGAGUGUUACUUUUUGAUGGACUGGCAAACUGCUCAUGGUGUACCCCUUCUUCCCCCAAGACCAGCUGAAAUAGGCUCCAGCAACCAGUUAUCUCUUAAGAGAUUGAUCUACUUCAGUAAACAGCUGUCUGCCUGUUUGUGACAAUCUGCUAUUUUUAGCAUUUUUCAACACGCACCAUUACCCCAGACUUACACCACUAGCGUCACGGCUCUGUUGUGUGCGCAGCAGUCUUUUCCU